CGACUCCGGAAGAUUUGGGAGACCCCACCUCCUCCAGCCAGGAUUACCUGGCGUGGUUCGGCAUUUGGCGUCAUGCCGAAAAUAGGGCUCAAGCCUAUCAGCGGGAACUUUGCUCUUCUUUGGUUGAUAAACCGGAGCCUAUUCUGUUGUCCCUAUUGGCUUUUGUCGCUGUCAGUCAGGGUCGGGGUCGAACCUUCCCCCACUCUUUGUCUGUGCAAGCUCUUGUUGUCUGGGAGAGCGGCGGUGGCGCUGCUGCAGAUUGGUCACAGGGAGAAACCUCUUGCCUGUUCCUAUUGGUCAGCUCGUCGAGGGGCGAUGCUGAUUGGUAGGGCAGAGCCCUCUGGGUCCUAGUUGGCGGAUCUCUCCCGGGUGGAAGCUCCGGCCGUGGAGUGAUGGUGGCGGCCGGGAAGAUGGGCCAAGCAGGGACCAUGGCGGUGGCGGCAGAGGUGGCAGGGGCGGGGCAGCUGGCGGUAGAGGAGGCUGUGGUCUUCAGGGGGCUGUAGGUGGAGGCAUGGCUCGGGCCAGCAGCAGAAACGGCAGCGAGGAGGCCUGGGGGGCACUUCGGGCACCGCAACAGCAGCUUCGAGAGCUGUGCCCAGGAGUGAACAACCAGCCCUACCUCUGUGAGAGUGGUCACUGCUGCGGGGAGACUGGCUGCUGCACCUACUACUAUGAGCUCUGGUGUGAGUCUCCAAGAGGAUUAUUCUCAGGGUUCUGGCUGCUCUGGACUGUCCUUAUCCUAUUUAGCUGCUGUUGUGCCUUCCGCCACCGACGAGCUAAACUCCGGCUCCAACAACAGCAACGGCAGCAUGAAAUCAACCUGUUGGCCUACCACGGGGCAUGCCAUGGGGCUGGCCCUGUCCCUGCUGGUUCAUUGCUUGACCUUCGCCUCCUCAGCGCUUUCAAACCCCCAGCCUAUGAGGAUGUGGUUCACCGACCAGGCACACCGCCACCUCCUUAUACUGUGGCCCCAGGUUGCCCCUUGACUGCUUCUAGUGAACAAACCUGCUGCUCCUCUGCAUCUAGCUGCCCUGCCCCCUGCGAGGGAACAAAUGUGGAAGGUGUUUCUUCCCACCAGAGUGCCCCUCCUCAUCAGGAGGAUGAGCUUGAGGCAGGGGUGAGCCCUGCCUCUAUACCCCCAUCCUGCCGUUAUCGCCGUCUGACUGGUGACUCUGGUAUUGAGCUCUGUCCCUGUCCUGACUCCAGCGAGGGUGAACCAGUCAAGGAGGUGAGGUCUAGUGCUACCCUGCCAGAUCUGGAAGAUCACUCCCCAUGUGCACUGCCCCCAGACCCUGUACCCCAGGUCUCUUCCAUGGGGCUGGCUUCCAGGCAAGGGGACAUACCGUAAGUAGUUUUGGGAGGGGGGAGCUGCAUUACUUGCUCACAGAAACAGCCCUGGUGUUUUCUUUGAUCCCUCCUUCCUCUUCUAGAAUCUGCCUGGCGGGGCAGUAUUUGGGGGAUUUUACUGACUCUACCCCCCAAGACAUACACAAGAGCCUUUGAUCUCAUUAAAGAGAUGUGAACCAGCUGCUUGUG